UCCGCCCCAGCGGCGCGGCUGGCAGCGAACGGAGGGGAUCGGCGCGGUGUGGUGCUGCGCAGCGGCACUGCCGGGAAGCGGCGAUGGCCGAUUACUGGAAAUCUCAGCCAAAAAAAUUCUGCGAUUACUGCAAGUGCUGGAUAGCUGACAACAGACCUAGCAUUGAUUUUCAUGAAAGAGGAAAGAAUCAUAAAGAAAAUGUGGCAAAAAGAAUUAGUGAGAUUAAAAAGAAAAGUUUGGAAAAAGCAAAAGAAGAAGAAAACAUGUCAAAAGAAUUUGCAGCAAUGGAGGAGGCUGCAAUGAAAGCCUAUCAAGAGGAUAUGAAAAGGCUUGGAAUUAAGCCAGAUGAUGUAGGUCCCAGUUCGACACAGAGUAAAAUGCAGAGUAACACAGUGGAAACUAAAGGAAAGAAAGAAAAGAAAGAGAAGAAGGAAAAGAAAGAAAAGAAAAAAAAGUCAUCUCUGGAUGCCUCAGUGCCAUCAAAAACUGAGACAAAGGAGUGGGUGCAAGGAUUAUCUCCCGAAGGCUAUACAUACUAUUACAACACCAAAACAGGAGAAUCACAGUGGGAGAAACCUAAAGGAUUCCAGGGCAACUCUCCAAACUCAAAAGCGACAGCGGAGUGGGUAGAGGGUGUCACUGAAGAUGGUCAUACUUACUACUACAACACACAAACAGGAGUAUCCACAUGGGAGAAACCAAGUGGUUUUGUUUCACCUUCAACUGGGAAGAGUCAAACAGAUUCCAAAACAUCGGAUUCAGACUCAGAAGACAGUGAGAAUGAAGCACAGAGUUCGGAAACAAAUUUCAAGAGGAAACGAGAUAAUGGUGAAGAAUCAGAGGAAGGGAAAAAGUCUCCCAGAGCUAAGAAGUUAAGUCCUUAUGGGAAAUGGCGAGAAGUUAAGUCAGAAGAAACUGCUGAUAAAGAGGAGAGUUCAUCCCCUUCCCAAGAAGCCUCCAGUGACACAUCCAGCAAGACCAAUCCUUACGGAAAAUGGAAAGCUAUUCCAGAGAAAGAAGAAGAGGAGGAGGAAGAACCGAGUGAAAAAGUGGACCUGGAGCUUCCUAGUACAGAGAGUGACAGUCUGCCACCCCCAGUGGCAGAGGAUCCAGACGAUGCAACAGUGAUAUUUAAGGAGAAGACAGUCACCUCCCUUGGAGAGCUGACAGAAGGGGUGCCAACAUUUAAAAAGAGGAAAUUUGAAAAUGGAAAAUCUAGGAACUUAAGACAGAGACUGAGUGAUCAGUAACACUUAACAAAUAAUACUUGAUUCUGUUGAAGCAAGAGUGAAUCAGAAGUCAAUACUUUAAACAGGCUUUUAUAAAGAAGAUGUUGGAUAGAAAUUAAGGAUUUAUAGGGAUUGAAACAUGUGAGUUGUAACAUUUUUUAAUUCUGUUUUGAUGUGAUUGAUCUUGGAAUGGAAGUCUCUGUUCUGUUACUUAUGCAAUAUUGUAAAUACGUCUAUUUUACCUGUACAAUCUA